GACGGAGGCGUGAAGUUCCGCAUUCGCAUGCGCAACAUGUCGACUUGGGGCCCUUCGGCAAAGCAGCUACUGAAGCGACCUUACGACGCGACCAUCAUCCAGGAAGCUCGCGUGAACAUGUCGGAUACGAACGACGUGUUGGUGGAGUUCGAUAAAGCGGGCUACAAGGGCAUGGUUUGCCCUGCUGGUGCUGAAUCGGCACAUUUCACUUCGAAGGCAGGUGGAGUAGCUGUGGGAGUCUCAAAGAUAUGGGCACCUUGGUCUUCACGACAUCUGGCCUCGAACACGGGCGACUUACCAGGCAAGAGAGCCGACAAACACAAGAAGGACCAUAACAUCACUACGGGCGUUCGGUUCAAAGGCUCGGUUGGGAUGCAGGUACUCUUGAAGGACGCGCACAUCGCGAUCCUUGGCGGCUACCUCUACAA